GUUAGCUUCUUUCUUGGCUGCAUUCUAGACCUGGCUGCUCAGCCAAUAUUCCAAGCCCCAAACGGACUGAUACUACCGAGCAGAGCCUGGUCCAUAUUCUUUUAUUUGAGUCCCUUUACUUUACAAAGGAAGAUCAAGAUGCCGGGUCGACGAAAAUCGGGCAAAAAUGCCCCUAUUUUUAGUCAUGAGUUUAUUAUAACCAACCACGGAGACAUAGUCUCGUGUAUUUGUAUGGUUUUUAUGAUAGGCUUGAUGUUUCAGGUAACUACAAAAAUAGCCGCUGUAUUUAUUGCUCCUCAACACAAUAUUACCAGAGAAAUCAAUGGAACUGAUGAGGUCGUUACAACCUACAGCAAUGGCCCCAAAGAUUUCUGUACUAUUUUCUUUUACAGUCUAGCAUGGAUUGUAGUUCAUGCUAUCAUACAAGAAUAUAUACUGGAUAAAGUAAUUCGUAAACUCCAUCUUUCCAAGACCAAGAAUUCUAAGUUCAAUGAUUCUGGGGAACUACUUCCAUUUUACUUUGCAUCUGCAGCUUGGGGAGCAGACAUUAUAAUUAAGGAGAAAUUCUUCCCCACCAUUACAAAGUUGUGGGAGGGAUAUCCCCACAAUGAAAUGUCGUUUAUGUUAAAAUUUUACUUCAUCCUUCAAAUUGCUCACUGGGUGCACUGCUUUCCAGAAUUGUACUUCAUGAAGGCCAAAAAGGAUGAGAUCUCAGCCAAGAUCCAAUUGUACAUUGAAUACCUACUCUUCAUCUGGGCUGCAUAUAUGCUCAAUUUCACCCAUCUUGCAUUGUGCUGCCUGACAAUCCACUACAUGGUGGAGUCUGUCUACCAUGCCAUGAGACUGCUGCAAAUCAGUGGAAAGAAUGAAAUAGCUAAGAAUGUUUUCUUGGUCUGGUCUGGAUUGUUCGUGCUAGCUCGUUUUGCUAUCAUAGCUCUGACUGUCAUGACUUUCUGGUAUGGCCUUCCUCGCCUUGAAAAUGCUGCCCUCAAUGUGGAUACUGGAAAUUUCAAUAGCCCUUUUAUCAGGGCAACAGCUAUGGCUGCUAUGGUGCUCAUGCAAUCUUGGCUGGCUUGGAACUUCAUCACUUACCAGAUCAGGCUUUGGCGUGAACAUAGUGCAGCCACAUCACCCAAGAAGAAGGAACCGCGCAAGAAGGCCAAAAAGGACCAGCCAAAGAAGAAGGUGACUGAUGACGAUGGUGAAGGAGAAAGUGAUGAAGAAGUGGCUGAAGAAAAGGUUGUGACUAGAAAGGAAACCAAAAAGACGCAAUAAUGUUGGGCCAUGGCUAGUCUUACCUUAUUGACCUUGGAUGCAUGGUUGAUGGUCACACUUAGGGGCUUUCAUUUAACGCAUGCGGGAGGGAGGGGUUGGCAAAAUCAUAUGGAAAGCUUUACAAACCCCUCUGAAUGGUAGGAGCAACAACUUCAUAACCCCCCCUCAUCAUCCUGCAGUAUCUCUCAACCCCCCUCAAUAUGUAAUAACCCCCAUUUACCACUUUCUCAAAAUGACGUAACCCCCCUACAAUUUUGCUGACCCCCCUCCUGCUUGUGCUAAUAAAUGAAAGGGCCCUUAAAAAUGCAUUAGGAUUGUUGCUUUUCAAAUUACUGUGUCACACUUAAAACCAAAAUAGUAUUAAUUAUACUGUACUUGCUAACCCUUAACCCAAUCACUAUAUUAUUACAUUCACUAAGGGUGGCACAGGGUUUACGCAUGAUGCGGCAGGAUACAUGAAAAUACCAAAAUGUAGAACAUGAUUCUUGAAUUCCUGGUUUACUGUUCAUAUUUUUAUAUGUAGCUCAAUAAUAUGUAAUACAGUUAAUUUAAAAAAUACCAGUGCAUGAAAUGUGAUGUGGACUCCCUGUGUCACCCUAUUCAGAGAGCAAUGGAAUCAUGCUUUAAGUAUGUGAAAUAGAUAUAUGCCAGCCAGAUCCAGUUAGAGUGAAGUCAUAAAACCUGUGAAAUAGACAUUAGACUAACACACUUUAGUAGACMCUAAUUCCAUUGUUUUCUUUUGUGUCUAUUUGACUAUURCACGUUGACUARUAWUUUUUAUUUCACAGGUUAAAUGCCUUCAACUCUAAUAAUAUAACACUAACAUAGGUCUUAAAUGCAUUUUAUUGUUAUGUAGUUGUAGUGUAAUUGAUAUGAGGAUGGUAAAACAACCUUCCUUCCUCAAAUACUUUGUUUAAAAAAAUAUUUUAUUUUUGAGCAUGGAUGUCCUACCACUGUUGCAUUUCAAGUGACAGAGCUAUGUUGCUUGUAUUACCCACCUGCAUGAGUUCUGAAAAAAGUAUCUAGCAGAACUUCUACUUCAUGCAACAAAGAAAACAUGUUGCAGGUAUGGUGGUAAUCCAAGCAACACUGUCAACUAUGUGCUGCAACAGGUUGCAUAAUUUUAUAUUCCAUUUUACUGCAUUGUACGAACAUAAUCAUUAGAGUGCAACUCACAAAGUUUGAUAUCUCAUUCUCCGACUAGCAUUUCAACAACUGUCAAUCAAAUCUUGAAAGAGAUUUUGGACUGACUUAAAGAUCUUAGAGGAUUGGAUGUUUAACAUCUUUAAAUUCAGUCUCUUUCUCCCUCAAGAUAUUGCCUCUUGUAUUACAGUUCUUAGAUUGACAGCCAUCGAAAUGCUAGCCGGCGAACAAGACAUCAGACUUUGCAGGCUCACUUCAAUAGUAAUGGUAGUAAUUUAUCUGUUGAUAUGAUUAGCAUUCUUUUAGUAAAGUUAUUUUAAAGUGAUUUAAUUUAAACYGUGAGAAAGAAAUUCAUAAUUAUUAGUGUGUGAUACUGGAAAGAUAAAACUGUAAUAUACUUGAUUUAAUACUGAGUAGGGCUAGUUCCACUUGUUAAAACUCUUCGUAUUAGACCAUCAAAACAAAUUAAACUUUAAAUUAAGAA